CCGAGCCCUGUAGCCUUCCCUGCUAAGCCAUGACUGAAGGCAUGUUGUGUACACAGACACACUCAACACCUCCCCCUACCCCUCUCUCUCCCUUACUUGCCGCUCACUCGCCACGCCUCUCUCUCCCUUGCUCUCUCUCCCUUGCUCUCUCUCUUCUGUCCAGUAGCAGGUGCCACUCCCUCUCCCCGUCUGACCAGUCCCCUGCCUGCAUGCCUUGACCGUCCCCCAUGCCCAAUUUAGAUUUGGUCUCUCUGUGAGACUGGAGCUCAGUUGGAUCAUGCUGAGGACGUGACAGACACAGCCAGUUUUAGUCUCCCUGUCUACCCAGCCAGCCACCCAGCAUCGCCUCUUCUCAGCCCCCAGACAUGGAGCUUCUACCUGAGGUCCCUUUCUUUGAGGAGGAUGAGCUCUCUAUGAAGGAGGAGACAGGGUGCCCCCCCUCUGCCCCCCCUUUGCAGACCGAGCCGCAGACCCUGAUGCCAACGUCUACAUGAAGUUCAUGAUGAACCACUCCUGCUACGAUGCCAUUCCAACCAGCUCCAAGCUGGUCAUUUUUGACACGACGCUGCAGGUGAAAAAAGCUUUCUUCGCCUUGGUGGCCAACGGUGUUCGAGCCGCGCCUCUGUGGGACAGCAAGCUGCAGUGUUUCGUAGGUAUGUUGACCAUCACAGACUUCAUUAACAUUCUUCACCGAUACUACAAGUCUCCCCUGGUCCAGAUCUAUGAGUUGGAGGAACACAAGAUUGAGACCUGGCGAGAGGUGUACCUGCAGUGCUCCUUCCACUCUUUAAUCAGCAUCACUCCAGAAUCCAGCCUCUUUGAUGCCAUCUACUCUCUACUGAAGAACAAGAUCCACAGGCUGCCUGUCAUUGAUCCAGAGUCUGGCAACGUGCUCCACAUUCUCACACAUAAACGCAUCCUCAAGUUCUUACACCUCUUCGGAUCCAUGAUCAUCAAACCACGUUUUCUCCAGAAGCGGAUUGGAGAAGUGGACAUUGGAACGUUUAAGAAAGUGGCCACUGUGCAGGAGUCAGCCACAGUGUACGACGCUCUCGCCAUCUUCGUAGAGCGGCGGGUCUCUGCCCUCCCUGUUGUCAAUGAAAAAGGAAAAGUGGUGGCACUCUACUCCAGAUUUGAUGUGAUUAACCUGGCAGCUCAGAAGAACUACAAUAACCUGAACCUGACGAUGCGGGAGGUGAUUGAAAUGAGAGCGUGCUGCGUGGAGGGGGUGCUGAAGUGCUACCCCCAUGAGACUCUGGAGACGAUAAUAGACCGCAUCGCAGAAGCUGAGGUUCACCGUCUGGUGCUGGUUGACAGCGAGGACCUGGUGAGGGGGAUCGUGUCGCUGUCUGACCUGCUCCAGGCCCUGGUUCUCACCCCGGCAGACACAGGGACCCACCUCUCCUUCUGCCUGCCUGCCUGCUGGCCACAAGAUGACUUGAAACCAAUAAUGUUUGUAUCCAUGAUUCUUGCUUAUAGCAUUUACCUUGCCGGCUGUACUUUGCUUUUCUAAAGUCUUUCUGGAUGUUUCUGUAUGAAUGCUGGUCUUUGACGAUCACAUUAGUGUGAUUGAAACCAGUGCAGUGCAUGAGGCAAUACUUCCCUCUCAUCGACAAAAACACAUAUUGUAUGAAAGAUAUUUACGUUAAUAGUCUAAUCGUUUGAGCUAUUGUACCAAAGCUAUCAUCGUUUUUUUCUCUGUAGAUAUUUCUGAGAGGUCGAGCGAAGUGACGAGUGACGAGUGAAGGCUUCAGAUGAUUGAGGAAGCUGUCCUGCUGCUCACUCUCAGCAACACUUCAAUGGUCUUUUAAAUCAUUGUGAAAUAAUUCAAUUGCCAAAAUGUACUCAUUUUUAUACUUUUUUUUGUCUAUACAGUAUUUAUUUAUGAAUUUCUGAUUACAUUUCUAAACUUCAGACAUUUUUAUUCAUCAACGUGCACUGUCAUUUUAUGUUUCAUAGUUCUUGACACAUGACAACAAGUGACAAAACUUACCGCUGCAAACAUCGGAUAUGAAUAUUGUUGUGAUGAUUCUUAAGUGUAUACAAUUUAGACUUAAAAUAGUUUGUGAACAUGUGCAGUAUUUGUAGAAGCUGAGCUUGUAUUUGACUCCUCAGUAACUUCUUAGUUUCAAUGCUAUUUUUAAGUCUUACAGUAGCUCGGUGAGAACAGUAGAUGUUUGUCAAAUGUCUUCUUCACUAAUAAUUCUUUUUCCCUGACAACGUUUGUCCACAAAGAAAAUAACAAUGUUUCAUUUACUUUACUCCUUCCACAUCUUUUUCAUUUCUCAAUAAAAAAAAAAUGUUUAUUACAAGCAUCUUCAACAAUGGAUCAUAUAUUGAUGCUUCUGUAUGUUUUGAGAAUAAAACAAAGGCAACUUACAAAACA